AUGGACUUUCUAGAGGAGUACUACAGGCAGAAUCGGGACAACGGAUUGGGAAAUCUGGAUGAUGUCUACUGGACAACAAGUGUGUCCGUGGACGACCCAUCAUGUGAACAUCAGCACUUCACCUGUCACGAGAGCCUCAACUCAAAGCCUGUCCUCCUACAACCAAUUCUGAAACAAGAGAGCGACGUGACACCGAGCUACAUCCCAGCCACCGUAUCUGGCCCCUGGGUGCUUAAUAGGAAGUGUGACCCUGACGAUGACCAGGGCCACCACACCGCGAUAGGGCGGUCUGCUGCACACACCUCGCCUGGCACAGGCAGGAAAACCAGGCUGUUUCAUUUUUUGUUCGAGAUGUUGGAGGACCCCGCCAUGGCCCACUGUGUGUCCUGGGUGCCGGCGGCGGCCAACAGCACCGGCGUGUUCCGGUUCUCCUCUGGGAACAAGGACCAGGUGGCGGCGCUCUGGGGCCAGCGGAAGGGCAAUAAGAGGCCCAUGACGUAUCAGAAGAUGUCGCGAGCGCUGAGAAACUACGCGCGCUCCGGGGAGAUCUUCAAGGUGAAGAGGAAGCUCACCUACCAGUUCGGCCAGGACACCCUGAAGUCACUACAGCAGUGUCGCCAUGGCCGACAUUAGGACUCUUUUCCUGCCAACGACUUUUUUACUCGUUCUUGUCCCCCCCCCCCCUGUGAAACCUUACGUUCAAUUGUGUUCUUGUAUAUAUAUUCAUUUUUUCUUCCUAUGAAGCCUUCUAGGUCUACUUUCCUUAUUCUAAACUUCUGUUUACACUGCGUUCCCAUUACCAAGUUUAGAGUUGGCCUAGGCUUUUUUUUUUUAUUAGAAAAUGUAAUUAAAACGCACUUGCUGUCAGUCAGUGGCUGUCUAAUACUGUAGGCCUACUUAUGUUUGUUGUUUUUUUGACGU